UUGAACACUUUCCCUGCCAACCCUACCCGAAUCUGGUCCCGUUCCUCCCCACCGAAUUUAACCCUUUUUAGACGGGAAGGCCCGAUACAUCAACGCAACUCCAUGCCAACAUACGACCGUAAACGCAACAGCAGCAGGGGCAGGAGAGAAAAACUCCUGCAGCCGUAGGCUAUAGCUCUUCCCCUUUCCUUCCCUACACCUCCCUUACCCUAAGAGCGCAUCUCGCGCUACCUCUUGGGACGGCAAUGAGCGAGCAAGACGCGCAGCACGGCGACGGCAAACUCCCGGUCAAGGCCAUCGAGUCGUUCUCUCAGCUUCCCUUCGUCCGCCCCAAAACGCCGCAGCCGGCGUCCGGGUUCGGCACGAGCCCCACGUCCAUCCGGCUGUUCGGCUUCGACGUCCCACCCGACGCCGCCACGUCCUCCACCGCAGCCAGCGAUGCUACCGCGGCCAGCACCACCGCACUGGGCCAAGCGGCGGGGUCGAGUGCGGGUGCAGGCGAUGGCGGCGGCAACGGCAGCGGAGGGCGCAAGUUCGAGUGCCACUACUGCUGCCGGAACUUUCCAACGUCACAGGCGCUGGGCGGGCAUCAGAACGCGCACAAGCGGGAGCGGCAGCACGCGCGGCGCGCGCAGUACCAGAGCGCCAUGGCCAUGCACGCCCACUACCCCGCCGCCCACGCGUACCCCGCCUUCACCAGCUACCACCACCACCACUUCGGCAUGGCACGCUUCGAGCCGCCACCGCCGCCUCUGCACUACCCCUCGUGGUCCAGCCACCACCCGCAGGCUGCUCCACCGGUGGUGCCCAGGUACUACGGCGGGGCCGGCUACUUGUCGCAGCCGGUUAACGGUAGCCCGGUGCCGGCUACCGCGCUCUGGCGGGUCCCGGCCGUCAACGUGUCCACGCAGUUGGCGCGCCAAGAACGGCCGGCGUCGUCGUCGCUGGCCGGACGUGAUGAGGAGGCAAUGGCGGGAGCAAGACAAGGGACCGUAGCAGCCGGACAAUCUGGCUCGCAACUGUCGCCGUCGUCAACGUCGUCGUCAUCCGCCUCGUCACAGCAUGAACGCCGCCGGGAAAACGCUGUAGAGAACAGAGAAAAUGUGAGUUUGGAUCUCACCUUGUAAUUCUAGGGGAACAAGGGAUGUGCGAUUAAUCGGCGGGUUCCUGCAAACUAAGAAAAAAUGUUUUUCUUUCGUUCGUGAUUUGUUUAGAUAGUGAUGCUCAGUGGAGAGGAAGUUUUUGGGACUUAGUUCAGUUCAUCGCUUUCAAUUUAUUUGUGAGAAGUGGGUGGUAAAUG